GAAUCAUCGUCAACUUCACCUAAAAAGAAACAUAAGCGCAAGCACAAAAAGCACAAGAAGAAGAAGGAUCAUGGCCCUGAGGGAUAUGAUGAAGAGCGCAAAAAGGAGAAGAGCAAGGAUAAAAGCAAAUCUCGGGAAAAAGAAAAGGAUGUUGACAAAAGUGGUGGAAGAGCUGUAAAACUUAAAAUCAAGCUUAGGGGUGAAACUGUGGCAACAACACAGUGAGUUACCUUCCUUUUUUCUGUGUUUUUUUUAAAUUUGUUUUUCAUAUUUAAUUCCUCAUUUAUCACACUGUUAUAAGCUAAAGAUAGUAGCAGCUAUGACUCUGUAUUGUAUUUUCAAGGAUUAAUAAUGUUAGCAAAGAAAAGAAGAAGAGAUGAAGUCUAUCUUCUCAUUGUUUCCAAUUGAUGGAAAUCGAUGAUCGGAAAACCAAUCAAUCAAUAAUAUUAAUAUCAAUCGAUAAAAUGAGUUAAUUGGUAUCAAUUGGUAUUGGUCGGUAUCGGUCAAUCGAUGAUCAAUCGAUAACCACACAAAAACAGUUCAUCGAUUGGCACAAUUCCGACCCAGUCUUCUCAAUGCAAAGAGUAUACCCCAUUGCUCGUGUACUUGAAUUACCCACUUGCCUCGGCAUUUCCAGUCAAUGGAAAUCAAUGAUCGGAAAACCAAUCAAUACCAAUUGAUAACCACACAAAUCUUUGCAAUUGAUUGGUCAUCCAUUAUCAGUAUCAAUUGAUUGAUUGAUAUCGAUUGGUAUUGAUUGAUAUAGAUUGUCACUGAUUGGAAACACCGGGAUAUCUUACAUAGCUUUUAACAAAAUCAUAUUUGAUGAUAAAAGAGGUUGGUGUUGCAAGCACUAGUAUGCGAUGCUCAUCAAUGAUCUAUCCCAAUUGAGUAAAAACAUUAAUUUUAUUUUGCCAAGUUUUUGCCUCAAGUUGUGUUUGGAGUGUGUUGUAUAUUUUAAAGCAACAAGGCAAAUAAGAAAUUAUACCUAGACUUACUGUGGUUAAAGUUGUACUCUUACAAGUCAGGUAGGUUAUACUCCAUCUUGCUACGUUGUACGCAGUAAGUUACGGGUAGUGGUAAUAUAAGGGAAGUUAUUCUUGUUUUCAGAAUGGCUAAGAUAGUCCAUGUAAAAAUACCAGAACCAGUGAUAACCAGUGGAGAAGAAGAAGAGGCAGAGGAGGAAAAUUACCAGCCAUCUUGGCAAGGUUAGUUCAGAUUUACUAGCUGAUCACAAGGGUUUCUUUUAAUCACUGAUUGUUAGCAAAGUGGUUGCUGGCAUUUCUCUUGAAAACAGACCUCUUCAGAGGUGGAUCUAGGAUUGUAUGAAGUGCAUUAGAACCAAAAUUGCUGUGACACAAUAAUCAAGAGAGAUUAUUGAAGCAUUAAUUUGAUAACCAUUUCUUGUUAAUUAUUUCCUUAGGAAGUGAAAAAGAUGAACCUGAAGUUACGGAAAAACCUGUUGAUGAUUCUGAUGAGUAAGUUAUAUUUUUUGAAAUAAUAUUAACAAGAGAGAUCAGUCAUGUCCAGUUGACAUGAUAUGAGUGGAAAAAUGUGUUUUACAACUCGUGUGGGUAGACAAGUUGUGUCCACUCAACUGAGUUGUCGGAAAGUGGAAAGUGCAUCUCAUUACUUCACUGAUACAACCUGGCGACCAUUGCAGUGACUCUUGCUUAAGCUAACUUGCUCUAAAUUUCAUGUCUUCUUAAUGAAAUGCAGUUGUCCAGUUGUAUGACUCGUAUAACCUGACGACCAUUGCCAUGACCCUUGCAUAAGCUACCUUUCUCUAAAUUUCAUGUCUCCUUAAUGAGACGGAUUUGUCCACAUGACAACUCCAUCUGUCGAGUGGACACAACUUGUCCCCUCAUAUGAGUUGUAAAACAUUAUUUCUCCCCUGGUAUCACAGGGCUCAAAACUAAAAAAAUCCUCAGGUCACCUCUUGAUGACCAAAUGGAGAAAUAUACUCGCCAGAUAUAAAUUUUAGUCGCCAGUAUGUAUUGUAUUGUAUUUUUACUCCAUCCUAUAGAUAAUACAUUAGUUGUACAAUAUCAAUUAAUACAAAGUUGCUUACACUACGUGUACAUAAUAAUAAUAAUAAAAGAAGAAAAUUAGAAUGGAGAAGGGCACAUUAUAGUAAAACUAAAUGACAUAGCUUAUAGUAUGGCAGGAUUCAUCAGAUUUGAUUGAUUGAAAAUAUUGCAGACAGAAGUCAGCAUAUGCUUUACUCUUUUAAUUUAAAAUAGUCUAAAUCAUAGAGAAAUCAGGUUGCCAAAACCAGAUUUUUUAGUCGCCAUGGAGAAAAAUAAUGUUAGUCUCAUUGGCGACCAUAUCAGUCACAAUUUUGAGCCCUGUAUCUUGUCCACAGUAUUGGACAACCUCCACAAAUGUGGGACUGGUUGAAGAUGUGUCUGGAAAAAAAGUCCCAGUGACAUCUGACAAAUAUUGCUCAAUUCUCCUUUCCAAUUACCUUUUGUUCGCUCGUGAAUAAAAAAGGUGGAAGUGAGUGUUUUUUUUGUGGCACCCCUUUGAGUUUAAAGUUGAGCAAAAUAAUUGUUGCUGAUUUUGGUGAUAAUAAUAAUUAUUAAUUUUGCAGCCAGGAAGAGCAGAAAUGGUUAGAUGCAUUGGAAAAAGGUGAACUAGAUGACUUUGGUCGAGUAAAACAGGACAAGGAUGUGAGCAUGAUGACUGCCAGACAGGUAUUAUUUUUUAAAAUUCUUAACCAUUCUUUUUUUUCUAAUAUAUAUUUUUUUAUUAAAUAACCAUAAAACCUGGUGGAGAUAAAGAAGCACCUUUUUGCCCUGCAAGUCCUAUGCACUGCAAUACAUUUGUGGAAAAUAUUGUUAUUCUCUCCUAAGAUGUAUGCAAAUUCCUCAUGCAAAGCUUUUUGAAACAUUUGUUUUAUUAAAAUGGUUCCAUUCAUUAUCUUUUGAACACUUCAUCUUUAUGACGUUAAUACUGGACUGACUAACAUGACUGUAUGUUAGUGUUAUUCACUUGGUAUGAUUUUGUUUACAAGUAAGCUUUUUGUUUAUGAUAAUGGUUGUAUUUUCAGAGAGCCAUGCUUGGGCAUGAAAUCGAGGGAGAGAAUCAACUCUUGGAAUUGCCAACAGGUAAUUAUAUAUAAUAACUAUUAUUUUCUUUUUGUUAGUUUUUUUUACAGUUGCUAAUGAUAAUAAUAAUAAUAAUAAUAAUAAUAUUAUUAUUAUUAUUAUUAUUAUUAUCAUUAUUAUUAAAGUGUGUUUCUCCAUUGUAUGGUCUGUGAUACUAUGCUUGAGAGGCUCAAGAUCCAGAAGACGACAGCUAGACUUUGUUGACUCAGAUUUACAGAUCGAAAACAUUAGAGCCUGCCUGAAUUAAUCUAUUUUUUUUUUUAGGAAUAUGAAGUUUUAAUCUUUUUAACUUGUUUCUUUUUAAUAUCAGAGACGGAUAAUUUUCUUUUGUCAUGACGUAAUUUUAAACACUGGACUGCCUGCAAGAGCCAUUGAUCGCAUGUGAGCCUUAAGGAAUCGUUAAUGACACAGUGAUUGUUUUUUAAUGAUUUGUAUGAUUCUUAAUGUUGUACAGUGCUUAAUUCUUACUUCAAACAUUUCUGUAAGUUAUGUACAUAUUUUUAAUUUUUAUUGUUAUUAUUAAAAAAAUAUAUUAUGUAGUAUAGGUCACCUUGUUUACAGUGUGUAAUUGUGCCUUCUGCCAUAUGAUUCACAGAACCAAGAAGGAAGAAUGAAGACACAGAAGAGGCCCAAAAGAGGAGAAAGCAAAGAGCAAAGAAGAGAAAACAACAAAUGCAGAAAAAGAUUGAGGAAAACAAGGUAUAUUUUUUAACAUUCAAGUAUCUAGAACAUCUUUUAAGCAUUCACUGAAGUUACUGUUCAUUUUAAUGUUUGCAUUACAAUUUAAAGUUUUUUUAAAAUAAUACAAAAUUAAAAUAAACAAGAAAUUGUCUGGUUUCUUUGCAGGCGCAAACAGUCAAGAAACUGCUGGAUCGAGAAGCUUCUAGGUCCCGUAGAGAAGAGGAGAAGGUAAUACCAACCUGUAAUAAGCAGGGAUAAAUGUAGCUAAGGAAAGGCUAAGCAGGCUUAGGCUUAUUUGGUAGUCAAGCCAGCUUUUUUACUCAACUGUACCUUCAAAAUUGCCUCACAUCUUUCGUUUCCAGAGAGAUUUGGGCCGGUGAUAAGCUUACUUUCAGCCAGGUAAGUUCACUGGUACUCGUCUGUCAGCUACAUCCCUUAAAAAGGCAGGUUUUGUCCUUGACCAGGAUAGAGCAAGGAAACAACUCCCAAUAACUCGAACCUUCAAGGGCAAUCGAAAAAGGUUGGAGUUAUCGGGAGCUCGAAGAAAAUAGCCGUUAGUAAGGAAAAGAACAGUUUUUACUGCACAGUGAACAUUUUAAUCACAUUUAAUUGUAGAAAUUUCAAGUGAAAAUUAAAAGAUACUUCUAGAUUGAAUCAGAACGUAACGUAACAAAACAUAAUCUAAACAGUUUUACUGUUUUGAGAGGUAAAGCUGUUUCGCAUUAGAUUUGCGACAAACAACAUCAGCUUUUACUAGUAAACUAUACUCCUACAACACGUCAAUGGGAAACUCAAAAUUCCAAGUUUCAACGCCAGUAUUCUGUAUUUUCCCCGACGUUUUAAGGGCUGAAAACAUGGUUCGAGUUAUCGAGGGUAAAAUUGUAUAGAAAUGAUCUGAGGGGAAACAAAAACUACUUGGAGUUAGCGGGAGGUUUGAGUCAUCGAGGGUUCGAGUUACUAAGGGUAAAAUUACCGUAAAUGUAUAACAGAAAUCCAGGGGAAAUCGAUUUUGGUUCGAGUUAGCGCGAGGUUCAAGUUAGCGAGGAGUCAACUGUAACACCAGACAAGCAAGCAGUCUCAAAACCAACCAUGGCGGAGGGAUGGGGUUUGAAUGCAAACUUGAAUUCUAGCUUGUUUUUUGUACUAGACUCUCGUAAUCUGCUUGCCGAGGGCCAUUGCUUGCUUGUGGCACACUGUAGUUAAUAGAGAGGAGAAGUUGUUACGUCAUGUUGCCAUGGUUGCAAAAUUUCUGGAUGACAACAAACCGAAAACAUUACCUAAAAAGUGAAUUCGCACUGUUUCAAAAAGUCAUGGAUCUUAUUCAAUUUCAUUUAAUUUGUGCAGAUGUUUGCAAAAUUUUCUGGGGUUGAUCUCAAAGGACCAUAUCAAAGUUUAGAAAAAGGAAGAGGAAGUUUUUAUGUUGUGUUCACCUACUCCAUGAAGUGAGUGCGUGAAAUUAGGAAUCGUGCAACGGCGGCUAGGAAAUGUACAAAAAAGCAUGAUGCACAUAAAAAGUUUUUGUUUUGCUAAUAUAAACCUAUUGCUUUUUGGCCGUCCUCGUUGCUGUCACUGUCAAAGUUGCUAAUGCUUCAUAUUGUUGUGAUCCUAAAAUUUUGCUACCAUGGUAGCGUGAUGCCACACUUCUCCUCUCUAUUACUUAAAGUAUUACAUGAUGACUUGCCUGGAACCUUUCCCAUUAGGAAAGUGAACUUAAGAAGCUACUUGUCCUUCAAGAAAAAAAAAUUGAGCUGUCACAGGGGUAUGGGUUUGCAGUGAAUAGAUUGUCACCUAAGUGUUUUUCUUUAGGCCCGUCGUAAAAAGCAAGAAGUACCCCAUAUAAGAUACAUCAGCAGUCGAAGUGGAUUCGCUCUGUCCUUCUCACAGGGACUUGAUUUCCCAUUACAAAUGCAGUCAUCUCGAGGGUAAGCUUAUGAUUUCUUUUAUAAAUAAAAUAAAUAAUGAUUUAGAGGUAGCACAUCCACAUAGUGGUUCUUCAUCUGCCUGAUUCCUGGUCAAAUUGGAAUUUGGUUCACCAAACAUUGGUUUUUGAGGAGAGGGGAAAACCAGAGGACCCAGAGAAAAACCUCUUGUAGCAAACGAGAGAACCAACAAGAAACUCAACCCACAUAUGGCAUCGAUGCUGGGAUUUGAACCCGGGCCACAUUGGUAGGAGGUGAGGGCUCUCACCACUGUGCCAUCCCUUGCUCCCCUCUUUUGAAGAGCAGAUAGCCCAGGAUGCACUAAAAUUGACCCUAUUGUUUUAAAUCUUUAACUGGAUUCAUAGUAUUGAAAAAAUUAAUUUAAAUUAAUUAAAUUAAUUUCACUUCAGUAGUUAUUUUCCUGAAAUCUACUUAAAGUUUAUGUUACACUAAGGUAAAAUCACAGUGAACUUGGACCUUUUCUGUCACUGUUAGUGUUUUAAUUAAGACAGGUUUCAGUUUCCUAUCUUGACCGUUGUACUGGCAUGCGUGAGUUUGCACGCAUUGCCAUCUAUUUUUUUUCACCCGGUUACCAAAAAGAAUGCUUAGUAUGACUGUUUUUCUAUGCACAUUAGAGAAUAAGAUAGGGGAACAAAAACAAGGCAUACAUGUAGGAGUCUAGAAGAGAGGAUAUUUGUUGCUGGUCACCCAUCCAGUUCCUAACUCCACCCAACAGGGUUUGACUUAAGUGACCCUAAUCCUUCCAAGAUUUGCAAGAUGUUUCUAGUAUAUUGCUCAAUAGUAGUAUAUUCUUUCUGGGUGCUUUACUAUGCUUCACAAGCUCCAAUGCUAUUUGAAUAUUUUUUCUGUAAUUAUAGGCCAGUAAAAACAAGACCAACAUGUGCAGCUCAGGGAUGCAAGAAUUUAAAGAAAUAUGCUUGUUCUGGUAACAAUCUCCCAGUCUGCAGUAUGGAAUGUUACAACAAGGUUCGGUUUAUUCCUGUGCAGACAGCUGUUGUGUAA